UGUUUGAUUACAGUAGUUAAAGUAACUUUAAAAAAAUAUGACUUUGAGUAUGUAUGUGUGGGUACAUAGUUAUAUCUGUUGUAAUCCUGCAACUAUUUAAGCUCACGGUGGAUACAGCUAUGGAAAUAGUGCCAUUGAUUUACCACUUCUUCUGAGGUGUUUGCAGAACUGCCGUCAUACUAACUUCCAUUGUGAAAUUAGUCUGUACUUCAGGGCACAUUUGUGUUUCUUUUCUUUAACCUUUUUACUCUGUGUAUCAAAAUUCUGAUGACUGGAGCGAACACAUUCGUGUACUGAGAAUCCUGACUGAAAUGUUCCUGCCUCAUAUCAACCUUUCAGAGUUAGAGCAAACCUUUUUCUCAAAAGUGUUACCUAAGGCUAUGCAAUUAUUUGAUGAUUUGUUGUAUGAAUUAUCCAGUCAAGCCAAAGGACUAACCAGUCAGAAUGCAGAAUUAUGCAAAGCAGUGAGGAAUGUUUUGCAGACUAUGGUUCAGCUGCUGGAAAUUCUGACAGCUUGUGUGCGACACAUCUGUACUUUGCAGGAGUCUGUGCCUCUGGAGAGUAUCCGUUCCCUUCCCUUUUCCAUUCUGUAUGUAGUCAAAACCACAUUUAUGCACUGCAAGGACAGUGAGUCACUGUACAGUGGGUGCCUGCACUUGAUUUCUGACCUUCUCCAGGCUCUGUUUAAAGAGACCUAUUCUCUUCAAAAGCAGCUUAUGGAGCUGCUUGAUAUGAUCUCCGUGGGAUCUGCUUCCGCUGAGGAGAAUGUUGCAGACAUGGUGUCAGUGAUCCAUACUGUGCUGGAGAUCUGCGCCGUCAUUUCCAACAUGGACCAUGCCCUUCACGCCAACACGUGGAAGUUCAUAAUCAAGCAAAGCCUCAAGCAUCAGCCCCUACUACAGAGCCAUUUGAAACACAAGGACAUCCUUUGUGGCCUGUGCAAGGACACCCUUUUCUCCUUCCAUUCCUGUGUGCAGCUGGCUGAGCAGAUGAAGCUGUCUGGGAUGCAGGUGACCAUUGACCAGAAGUUGUUCCAGAAGACAGUCAAACUCUGUAGAUUCUUUGCAAACUCCCUUGUACACUACACCAAGGAAUUUAUUCCUUUUCUCUCGGAUUGCGCCAGUCAGUUACAUCAGCUGUAUCUUCAGAUAUAUAGCAAAUUCCCUCCGAGUCUGUAUGCUCCUGUGAUUUUCGAGGCCCAUCAGGAUGAAAUGAGCAGGGUUUUUCUGGUGGCACUGGAUCCUCUCAUUCACCAGCUUCUUCCCUUCAAGCCUUUUCUGGAGCAGGUAUUAAGUGAGAAACUAGAUCUCUCUCCUGAGUUGCACCUACCUCAGUGUCGUCUACUGAUCACCAUCAUGGACAAGCUGCCCUCUCAGCCUGAGGAUGUGCAGGCUCUCUGGACAACAGGAAGCCAGUCGUCAGAAGAGAGUCCCAGGCUCUCUUUGUUCUCCGCCCUUUUCCUUGGUUUCCAGCAGUGCUCUGGGGAGCUCUCUUUUCCUGUUUGUGUGCCAGGAGACAUGGCUAAUGGACAAACUGUCACCUUGUAUCACUACGUCUGUGUCCAGUUGUGUGCCUUCAUCGCAUCCACCCCCCCGGCGUGCUUCCCUCCGCUGGAGCGGGCUCUGCUGGGUGCAGUCCUUGGUUCUAGUAUGAUCACCUCGCUACUAGCUAUGGAUGCCUGGUGCUUCCUGGCCCGGUAUGGAACAGCUGACCUGUGCGCUCAUCAUGCCAGUGUGAUUGCCCACGUGAUAAAGGCUUCCCCUGGCGAAUGUCACCAGCUCUCUGCCUUGGGAGUCCUGCUGCGGCGUAUGCUGUUUUUGAUGGCUCCAGAGCACCAGGUGGAGUUCACCCAAAAGUUUCCUCCCGAAGAGGCAGAGAACUUGUCCCUGUGGCAGCACAUUUCUCUCAAGGCCCUGCCUCCCGAGCUCAGGGAGGAGGUGGCCCGCCAGCUGUGCGCGGCGGGGCUCUCGCAGUGCAGGCAGCGGCUGGGCGGCAGGGGGGGCCCCCGGGGGAACACUGCGCUCUCCGCCUUGCUGGCCGGCUGCAGUUCCGCUGGCGACUCUCUGGAGGCAGGACUCCGGGCAGCAGUGCUGGCAGCUGCUGGGCAGCUCUGGGCUCGCCUCCAGGCCAAACAGGUCUCAAGUCAGCCCUGCCUCCAGCAAACACUUGGCUUGCUCCUCCCACUGCUGGAAUUUUUCAUCCAAACCUUAGACCCUCAGCUGAUAGUUCAGGUGUUUGCAAUGCAGGCUUCUCUUCUGGAGUUGGAUCCCCCAGAUCACGUUCGCUUGGCAAUGCUGGAUCUGCUCUCGUCGAUGGGAAAACUGUUUAUACCACAAGAAAUCCAGGGGCAAGUUCUACCCAAGCUGGCGUGUCUCUUUGCCUCCCUGUUGGCUGACAAGACUUGGCUGAUUUUCCAGCAUGCACUGGAGGCAUUCACUCAGUUUGCAGAGGCAACAAGGCAUGAAGAUGCAGUUCCUCUGUGCCUUAAUUCUGAAGAAACUAAAAACAAAGUUGUUUGCUUUCUGGCCAAGCCCUUGGCCAAGAGAGCGCGGGGCGCGCCCUGCGAGGAGGAGUACAGCGCGGCCGUCGCGGCAGCCCAGAGCGCACUGGAGGCUGUGAGAGCGCUGCUGCAGCACAGCCCGGCCCCCGGGGGGUGUAAGAGCAGCGUGAACUCUGAGCUCUGA